AUUGGAAAGCACCGGACUUGGCAGGGGCCGUUCCGAAAGAACGACUUGAACCUCGUACGAUACGGGGGCUAAAUCUCAACGAAGGGAAUGGUCAUCAAAAUCAAAGAGUCUUCAACACCACGACAACAUCGCGACACCAACAACACGGCCUACGCAUGAUGAGGUAACCUGUUGCCGUCAUAUCGCCUUUCAGUCACUCAUUCACAACAACAUUGAAACGGACGCCGCAAACUUUCGCCAAGUCCAAACAACCACUACAAGAACUGUUUCAAACAACAACCGCACUUGGAAGAGCGUUUUCUCAAGAUGCCUUCUCAAUCCACACUCUCCAUCACAGUCCUCCUGUUGGCAAUCUUCUCGGGCAUAUACUUCCUCCUCGACUCUCAACUCGAAAAGUUCUACAUUUUCAACCCACCACAACUCCAUGCGAUCGCCCAACAAGCCAUUUCCGAACACGGCAACAACACGGAAGGCAUCGUCACCAGCAUCAUCAGCCAAUUGUCCGCAAUCGAAAGCGUGAAAUCACACAUAAACCUCGAACAAGAAUGGAUUUUCAAUAAUGCCGGUGGAGCCAUGGGGGCAAUGUACAUUAUCCACGCCAGUAUAACCGAAUACCUCAUCAUCUUCGGCACCUCAAUCGGAACCGAAGGCCACACAGGCCGCCACACAGCAGACGACUACUUCCACAUUCUCACCGGAACUCAACUUGCCUAUGAUCCUUCUAACAAGCCCUUCGAAGCUGAAGUCUACCCUCCUGGAAGUGUGCACCAUCUUCGCAGAGGUGAAGUCAAGCAGUAUAAGAUGGACUCGUCGUGUUUUGCGCUUGAGUAUGCGAGAGGUUGGAUUCCACCAAUGUUGGGCUUUGGGUAUGCGGAUACGUUCAGCAGUACGUUGGAUUUUCCGACUUUGUGGAGGACGACGGUUGUUACGGGGAGGGAGAUGAUUGGGAAUUUGUUGAAGUUUAAGUUGUAGUUUGAAGGGAUAGUAAUGAAGGCACUGGGGCGAGACGAGUGUGAAGUAUGAGCCAACUUGCGCCGACGCUAUGCUAGAGGGCUAUAGACUCGUCUGCAGAUGAAGUCUCUGUGAUGCCACACAUGGCGAUAUGCAUAUGUACAGCAUGUUUCGUGAUUCCUCUUCUCGAGCAUAACAUGAUAUUGUCGUCAUCUAUCUUCAUUUCAGAUGCAGGGACCCUAGCCACCCCAUUACAAUCCCUUCUUGUAGCCAAUCUCGAGAACAAACCCUACCGCCUCCCUCG